CAGUGCGCGUGACGUAUAGGGCCGGCUCCUCUUUCUUUUCUACACUUUUCCCCCUGCAGAGGCUUCUUCUCUGAGCACCGUCAUGGCGAACGUCGCUGACACCAAGCUGUACGACAUCCUGGGGGUGUCUCCCGGCGCCUCCGAGAACGAGCUGAAGAAGGCAUACCGAAAGCUCGCAAAGGAAUACCAUCCUGACAAAAAUCCCAAUGCUGGCGACAAGUUUAAGGAGAUCAGCUUUGCCUACGAAGUUCUGAUGAACCCGGAGAAGAAGGAGUUGUACGACCGCUAUGGGGAACAGGGUCUGCGGGAAGGUGGCUGCGGGGGUGGCGGCAUGGAUGACAUCUUCUCCCACAUCUUUGGAGGGGGGCUCUUCGGGUUCAUGGGUGGCCAAAGCAGGAGCCGCAAUGGCGGGAGGAGGAGAGGCGAGGACAUGGUGCACCCUCUCAAGGUGUCACUUGAAGAUCUGUACAACGGAAAGACUACAAAGCUGCAGCUAAGCAAGAAUGUCCUGUGUAGCACAUGUAAUGGUCAGGGUGGCAAAUCGGGAGCUGUUCAGAAGUGCACCUCUUGCCGGGGUCGUGGUGUGCGUGUCAUGAUCCGACAACUCGCCCCGGGAAUGGUCCAACAGAUGCAGUCAGUCUGCACCGAUUGCAAUGGGGAAGGUGAAGUCAUCAAUGAGAAAGACCGCUGUAAAAAAUGUGAGGGUAAGAAGGUGGUGAAGGAAGUAAAGAUCCUAGAGGUCCAUGUAGAUAAGGGCAUGAAGCACGGCCAGAAGAUCACCUUCGGUGGCGAGGCGGACCAGGCCCCGGGGCUGGAGCCUGGAGACAUUGUGCUAGUCCUCCAAGAGAAGGAGCAUCAGACUUUCAAGAGAGAUGGCAACGACCUGCACAUGUCCUACAAGAUAGGCCUUGUCGAGGCUCUCUGCGGAUUCCAGUUUACAUUGAAGCACUUAGACGGCAGACAGAUUGUUGUGAAAUACCCCCCCGGGAAGAUCAUUGAGCCAGGUUCGCUCAGAGUGGUGCGAGGUGAAGGCAUGCCACAGUACCGUAACCCUUUUGAAAAAGGGGAUUUGUAUGUUAAAUUUGAUGUGCAGUUCCCAGACAACAACUGGAUAAGCCCAGAGAAACUUGCUGAACUGGAGGAUUUGCUGCCCGUUAGAGCAGAGGCACCCAUCGUAUCGGGUGACGUGGAGGAGGUGGACCUCCUGGAGUAUGAUAUGAGCCAGAGCUCAUCAGGAGGCCACCGGCGGGAGGCGUACAACGACAGCUCUGACGAGGAGAGCGGCCACCAUGGGCCAGGCGUCCAGUGCGCCCAUCAGUAAUGCACCCCUCAGUAUAAAGGCUUAAUGAAGUGGCAGAGUAUUUGAUCUGGAUCCAGUCUGCCAUAACUUCCUGCCCCUCCCCACCUGGAAUUGCUACCAUCUACACCCCCUCCCACCAAACCCAGAUCAGAUACCCUUGUAGCUUCCAGCAGUCAGCAAGGUCAGAGGGUGAAUGAAGCUUCUCUGAUCGACAUGUAACUUUUUGGUUCCUCACCGUAUCUGCAGAUUUAAACUAAUGAUGGAAACAGUGGUUAUGCUUGGACUUGAACCUGAAGCGUGCCCCCCCCCCCCCCGGAGCCCAAGUCCUGACUACGCUAUGGGAUGUGUUCACAUUUUUAGGUUUCUACUUGUACCAGUGCUUUAAGUAUUACCAUGUUUUCCUUUGUAGGUUUUUUUUUUUACGUUCUCUUUUAAAUAGUGAGGGGAACCUUGUGUGUAUACAAAGAUUACUCAAACUAUUGGCUGCAGUCAAUGAUAAGCCCAUAAGCUGUAUGUCUGACCCUGGUGCAUGUUAGAAGACUUGUGCACUGACAGUCAUUGGUAAAAAUAAAAGUUGAACCACC